ACAUCAAGAAGAAAAACACAUAUGAUUGGUUCUGCAACACUUUCAAACCAGGAAAACACAUUGCGAUUGGUUGUAGUACGUCCUGUCGCUCGGGCCUGACGGGCAGGGGGGGGUUAUUGUGCGUGCGAGGUUGGUAGCGAGCGGUACCGGAGGCAGAUCUGGGUAGAGAUAUACGGUAACUUCACCCGGAAAUUCUCACGGCGACUCUCGUAGCUCCGGAACAUGGCUGGGGGAAAGGCUGGCAAAGACAGUGGGAAGGCUAAGGCCAAAGCAGUAUCUCGCUCACAAAGAGCAGGACUACAGUUUCCAGUGGGCCGUAUCCACAGACACUUGAAGACUCGCACGACAAGCCACGGCCGAGUUGGUGCUACAGCUGCCGUUUACAGUGCUGCCAUUUUGGAAUAUCUUACAGCGGAGGUGCUGGAACUGGCAGGAAAUGCUUCCAAGGAUCUUAAAGUGAAGCGUAUUACUCCUCGUCAUUUGCAGCUAGCCAUCCGUGGGGAUGAGGAAUUGGACUCUCUCAUUAAGGCUACCAUUGCAGGAGGAGGUGUCAUUCCUCACAUCCACAAGUCUCUUAUUGGAAAGAAGGGACAGCAGAAAACUGCAUAAAGUGACAACACCCUGCUACCCUCUACUAUUGUACUGUAACUGGGACAGAAAUGGGGAUAUGUGGAAUUUUUUUUGUUUUAAUUUUUUUAAAUAGAUAAAGGAAGAGCAUAGACACCAGAGUGUAGACAUAAGAGAAAACCUUUGUAUGUUUAGAUUCAAAGUUUCACAAAAGAAAAAGCUUCUUGAGUCAUGUGACUGAAAUUUGUGUGUUGAUUGGCUAGGUAUAUCCCGUGUGUUUUAUACAAAAAUGGAACAGAUAAACCAUUUUUUACAUAA